AUUGUUCCAUGCAAACAGAAAUAGAAUUUACUUCAGAAUCCACCAAAGAGAAGAAGAACGAGCAGUAGCGUUUUCUUUUUUUUGGUUUAUUUCCGUUCUCUUAAUUUUUUUGUCCCUCUUUUGGUUCAUUUAGUCGACAGUAUGGCGGAACAACCCAUCAGCCCACAAUUACAACCAAACAUUUCCGACCUUAGUGACCUCGCUCUCAAGUUGGACAUUCUUUCCUUGGGCGACGAUUCCAUCAUUGCAACGGACAGGACUGCUAUACUAUCCGAAGAAGAUGAGGAGGACAAAGAAAAUAAUCCUCGUAAUUCUGUUGGAGAUGCUCCUUUGGUGUACGAAGUAGAUGUUAUGAAGGACUCGUCUAUAGUACUUAAUUCAGGUGAUGCAAUGACUUCAAUAAGUAUUGAACCGCCGUCUAGUGAAUCUGAACGGCCAUUGCAAGUUGGGGCUCAUUUUGUCAGUGGAAUUGACCUUGGUAGCGAAAUUAUGGACGAAAACCAAUGGAUGAAUGCGUCAGAUUUUGCUAAUGUUCAAAAUCCUACCGAAUGGGACAUGUUGUUGACAAGGGGUUCUGGUCUGCCUUCUGUGAAAGACUUGGCCAGGGAUUCUUUGUUUGUCAAGUUUGAUCCUCUUGUCCCACUGUCACGAGAGCUUCCGCCUCAGCCUGAUCCGGUUAUUGAACGUGAUGAGCCGUCUGGUGAAGUUUUUGAUUGUAACCUAGAAGUUGGCGAAAAUGGCAAUGAAAACGAAGGAUUCAACAAUAACAGCGCUGUUGAAACUCCUGCAGAAGCAGCUAAACCUCCGGUUCCACUUUUCAACGAUUUCGCCAUUCCUAUAAGCAGACCAACAACCAAGACUGAAGAUGAGCACGAUUGGGUUAGCGCAACAGAUUUUGCUACUACUCAAAACCCAGAAGAAUGGGACAUGUUGUUGACAAGAGGUUCUGGUAUUCCUUCUGCAAAGAACUUGGCCAGGGAUUCCUUAUUUGUCAAAUUUGAUCCUCUUGUCCCAGCGUCACGAGAACUUCCGAUGCAGAUUGAUCCUGUUACAGAACAGGCUGCUGAGCAUGUCAACAAUACAUCAGGUCGCAUUUCCGACAGCAAUGACAUUGGAAAUGUCAACGAAAACGAAAGGUCUAACAGUAACAUCAUUGACCACGCCGUUGUGGAAACAUCGGACCAACUUGUUGACGCUGGUACCCCUCUUGAUAUUAAUAAACCAGAUACUGCAGAAUUGGACGCACAGACCGAGAAAAUGAAACUCUUAGAAGAGAAAGUUCAAGCAGCAAUGAAAGAGUAUCAAGCGUUAGAAUUGGCUUUAGAAAACUCAAUCCAAUCAAAUCAAGAAAUUAGGAAGGAGACAAUCUUGGCCAAAGAAGACUUGAGUGAAAUGGAAACAGCAUUCGCCGAAGUGUUAUUAUGUUAUGAAAGUGGGAAGGUUUACCAGAAGAACUUUGAGCUUAACAAAAAAACUUUAACAGAACGUAUAGCACAAUUGGAAAAGCGUGCGAGUCGAAUGGACGAGAAGUACGAAUACACUGAUUCAAAAGUCCAGGAGAUGACAAUAAAGGUGAAACAGGAUCAAGAGUCAAGACUGAAUAUUUUGAAUAGCGAAAAUUUCAAACUCAAAGCUUCAGUCAAAAUGGGUGAAUUAAAGAUUCAGAAACUCGAAAAUGAGAUUGAACAUAUGACAACGUCAAAUGGUAAUCUGCAAAAGUUGUGCGACGAAAUGAUUCAACAAUGCUAAACGGUCCUUUUCAUAAAAUAUUAAAAAUAAGUUUGCUUGUUUUUUUGAUUACCAAAGCAGUCCAGUCCAAUAAUUCUAAAAAUUCCAUGUCUGAUAAAGUUUUUAUACUUUUGUAAUGUUGCAGGGCAUUUGCAAAUACAUUUUGUCUUAAUACUGUAAUACAAGUGUUUGUAAUCUGCCCUUCAGUCUGGCAAUAAAACGCGAAUUUUACACUUUUCUUAAUA